AUGUCGAAUCGUGACAACGCUUUAGUCGUUAAGAAGAAGUCGACAUCGACUUUCUUGCUAAUUAUUAAGAAGAGAUGGGUGGUGGGGAAUUUUUUUUCGGCAGACGUGCCAGCUGUUGGUGCAGUGGUUGCAGUGGAUUGGAAGUGUUGUCCGAGUGAGCGGGAUACGAUUGAUAUAUUCAGCUGGCAAUUCCACAAAGAGCCAAUGGGAGGCUUCUCAGUGAACGAUUCAGAUGGGGUAACUAAGUUCACCGGCAUGUUUUAUACCACAGGAUGUGUUAUCCAUUGUGGUAUACCACUAGAGAACCCAGCAGUUUUCAACAAUUUGAUUGGGGUGGUUGAAGACAAAGCAAAGGUACUGCAAAAAGGUUAUAUCGGAAAGCUGAAAGCUACUGUAACGUUUGUCGGAGAAUCCUGA